AUGCAAUUAUGGAUAAUUAUAUUUUGUAUCAUAGUAUGCGGGGUGUUAAGCGCUUUGUUUUCGGGGCUAUCCUUGGGGAUUAUGAUGCUUGACACGCUCCAGUUAAAUUUAUUAAUGUUAGUAUCAGAUAAAGAUAAAAAGGAAUUAAACAAUGCAAAAAAUGCAAGAAAAAUUUUACCUUUACGAAAUAAUACAAAUCAAAUUUUAGUAACUUUUAUAACUGCAAAUGUAAUGGUUAAUUCUGCUUUUAGUUUAUUAUUGAAUGAAAUAACAGAUGGUUUUACAGCUUUUAUUGUAUCAACAUUAAUUAUUACAAUCUUUGGUGAAAUUAUUCCACAAUCUAUAUGUUCAAAACAUGGACUAGCCAUUGGGGGAUUUUUUGCUCCCCUCAUUCAUUUCCUUAAGUUUGCUCUCUACAUUUUUGCCAAACCCAUAAGUCUCAUACUCGAUCACUUUGUCGGCAAAAACGUUCUUAAUACGUAUAACAAAAAAGAGUUGAAAGCAUUGGUGGAUAUGCACAAAAGUGCAGUAGAUAUUUUACAUGAAGAUGAAGCAAAAAUAGUAGGAAGUGCCCUUGAAAUGUCUCAAUAUAAAGUUAAGCAUAUAAUGACAGAUAUUGAUUAUGUAUUUGGUAUCGAUUAUAAUAGCUUUAUAAAUUAUACAACUAUUAAAAAAAUAUUGAAAAGUGGAUUUUCAAGAAUUCCAGUUUUAAAUAGAAAUCAAUCAGAAUGUGUUGUAGGAUUAAUACAUAUAAAAGAUUUAAUAAAUAUAUGGUUUGGCAUUAAUAAAAUAAUAUUUGACAAUAAUUACUCUUUUCAAUCUACCAAAAAAUAUAAAAGAUCUAGCUAUAUAAAUUAUAGAAAAAAAAAUAGGCAUAGCAUAUUUCGUGUUAUUAAAAAUACUUCAAAAGUAACAGACAAAAACAAAUCAAUAAUACACACAAAUGAAGAGUAUGGUGAUAAAAAAACUGGAAAUAAAUUAUGGCAAAAUGAUUCUAACUAUAUAAAUAAUCAAGCUCAUAUCAAAAUAAAUAUCGACACAGAUUUCAUUGAUGAAAACUGUGAUGAAUCAAAUGGAAACUUUAAAAAAAAUAAGAACAAAACAAAGGAUAGUGAAAAGGGUGAAAAUAAUAAAAAAUCAAUUACACAAAAUGAAAUUUUAAACCCUUCUAAAUUAUUAGAAAAAAAAAGAAAAAAAAUUAAAAAAAUGUAUAAAAACCCUUAUACAGCAAAAAAUAAUAAAAAUAUGGCAUUCGUUGAAUUUCUAACAGAUCAAAUGGUAGACAAAAAUAAUAAAAGUAACAACAUUUCAGAACCAGAUGAAAUAGUAUUUGCUGAUAUUAAAAAAAAAAUAAGAAUGUAUAACAAUAUUAAUAAAAAACCAAUCCAUGAAAGAUAUUUAGAAAAUAUAAAAAAUCCAAAAAAAGCUUCUAUUACUAAAGAGAAAAGUAAUAAAUCAAAAAAUACACACACUGAUGAAAGUGAUAUCCAAACUCAAGUUGACAAAGUUGACAAUAAUCAAAGCAAAGAAAAUCUCAGUGGUGUUUCCAAAAAUAUGAAUGCCGAUGUAAGCGACUUUAAAAAUAAUUAUUUUUCACGAACCGCUACAAUAAAAGAAAAUUUAAAUAAAGAAAAAAAUAUAGAACAUAUAUUUUUAGAUAUAAAAAAUUAUAUAAGAAUAACUAGAAAUAAAGAUAUAGAAAUACCAGUUAAAUAUAUAUUAAAACAUAUAGGUAGAUAUAUAUAUGGAGUAGAUUAUGAUGAAAGUGUAUUAUCUCUUUUAAGUUUUUUUAAAAAUGCAAAUAAUCAUUUUGUUGUUGUAAGAAAAGUUAUAUACUCUGAUGAAUCAGAUCCUAAAUAUUCUCAUAUUGGUAUUACAACUUUAGAGGAUGUUAUUGAAAUUUUAUUACAAGAAGAAAUAUCUGAUGAAUUUGAUUUUAUAAAAUUAAAAAAAGGUAUAGAUAUACCUAAUAAUUUUAUUUGGAAAAAUUCAUAUGAAUCUGUCAAUGCUUUCGAUGCUCAAGGUAUGUCAAAUUGGGAUCCAAACAGAGUCGAACCAAAUAGUAGUACCAGUAUUGAGCAAACAAAAAGAGCAUCAAGCUCAGGAAAAACUAUAAUGGAAGUUGAUGGCAUAGAACAUUCUGAUACAGAAUUAGAAUGUAAUGGUGAAUUAGAUAAAUACUCUCAUAAAACAAAACAAGAAAAUCUUAAAGACUCAACUGUUAUACUAAUUAGUAAUAAAAAAAAUAAUAAAAAAAUUGAACCUAUUAAUUAUAAAAAAGAUAUAAUAUCCUUUUUAAAAGAAAGCAUAUAUUUUAAAUAUAUAGACACCCAUUUAAUGAAUAAAUAUAUUCAUGGUACAAAAAUAUAUACUUUAAAUAAAAAUGAAUAUCUACUUAAAGAUAAUACAUUUUUAAAUUAUGCAAUUAUUAUAAUAAAAGGAAAAGUAAAAAAUCUAAAAUCCAAUAGUUGUACUAAUGGAGAUAAAUGUUUUAUUGGAUUAGAAGCUUUAGGUCCUUGUAAUAUUAUCGAGCUUUUUAAUAGUAUUAUAGAAAAAAGAAUUAAUGUUAUAAAAAAUUAUGAAGAAAAAAAAAAAAAAAAAAAUAUAAAUAUCUUAUUUAAAAAAUGGUAUACACAGCAUGUAUAUUUUAAUAAAAUUACUUAUAUCACAGAAACGGACUGUAAAUAUAUACUUCUUUCAAAAAAUGAAUACAUGGAUAUGAUCAUAGAGUCUUAUGAAAAUAACAAAGUUGACGAAAUUAUUGAAAAUAGCUAA